AUGGUGCAUGGAGUGCGUGCGGGUGUUUCGCUUACCUCGGGUUUAGUACUUGGUGUGCUCUUAUCGGUACUGCUGUUCCUGCCCGAUGAAUUGAUUCCACGGGGGACGUUGGACGGGGAGUUAUCCAGUGAACACUGGGAAGUUAUCAUCAAAAAAGCUGCAAUUGCUACGACUAGUGGUCAAUCUCACACCCGGAAGGUUGUUAGAGCGGGAUUUGCAGCAACUGAAUUGGGAAUACGUGAGAAACUUGUGGUUAUCCUUCUCGGACAGUCUUCAUUAAUGGUGGCAUUGAAUACAUCUAUCGGCCGGCAUGUGCCUCACCUGCAGCUUUUCGCUGAUAUCUCUCGUAUCGAUGGUGAUAUAGCCAUUCUUCCGAAUCUCGCACCGUAUAGACUAAAUGGACAACACUCACACAUACCAGUUCUCAAUCUCAUUUUCAAUAUGACAAUACACGAAAAAUUUGAUUGGUAUUACAUGAUACCUGAUACGACAUACGUAAAUCCAUUCGAACUGAUGCGUUUUGUCAAUCACGUGAACUGGAACCGUCAUGUGGCUAUUGGUUUUGGAACUGGAGAUGAUUCGAAGAGAUGUAGCUUGCAAGCCGGAAUUUUACUAACAAAUCUUGCCAUGCAGUCGCUUGUACAACAUAGACACUUGUGCAGUUCCAUAUCUAGCAGUUCAGAUCACAAUGCAUUCGAACUUUGUAUACAUCUUGCAACAAACUUGUCGUGCACCAGUUACUAUCAGAGUUGGACAUAUCACUGGUGGAAAUUCGAUGAAGGAUUAACUGAAGGCGGCGGCAGCACAGCGAUACACGAUACCGUUGAGUGGUGGGCCUCAUCAUCGCAAGACUUUAAUCAAUCCCUUAGUGUCUCACCUUUGCAUUCGGACAUCGAUGCUCAUACGCUUCAUCAGCAUUUCUUAAAUGUCGAAUUGAAUCGUAUCGAGUUUGAAAUUGAUCGCUUAUCUGCAGAAAUUGUUUCACUGUCGUACGAUAUUACUGAUGGACCGUCGCAACCAGCCGGUUUACCACCAUAUUCAAAACCACCAGAUCGGUAUCAGGUUCCGAAAUGGCAUUUCUUUACAAGCACGGAAAUCUUCAAAAAUGAGCCAAACCAAAAUGUUUACGCAUUGAGCGGAGAUGAUAAGCUGGAUGUUGACGAGAUAGUUGCAGCAGCUCGGAAAUUUGUUAAAGAAAGUGGUGAAGGGAGUGAUGAAGAAUUUUUACAACUUCGAAACGGUUAUCGUUUGUUUGAUCCAGUGAGAGGUAUGGAUUACAUCGUAGAUUUGUUAUAUCGUGACAACGGUGGCGACAAGGUGCAUCGUAUUCAUCUAACCCGAGUAAUAUCUAAUAACCAACUUUUACAGCAAGUGCCUUACGUAAAAGAAGAUACUGAUUUAACAAUUUUGAUACCGCUUGGAUCAAAUGAUGAGGUGGGCGCUGUCCGUCGACUUAUUGUUCAUUAUGUGAACCUAUGUCAGUCAACAGCCGGUGAUAACCGGCAAACCAGAUUCGUUGUGGCUGUUCGUGGUGUUGAUCCUUUCGUCAUUCGGCUAAUUAACGACGAUAUUAUAAAAUUAGGAAUACGAUGUAAACCAGCACAAACAGAAACUAUGUUAUUAAUGUUGAAGCAAGAUAGUCAUCCGGUUUUGGCAGCAGCUGUGCUGGAUGAAGCAGUCGAUCAUUUUGGCCAGCAAAUGAUGUAUCUCUUGUUAUCGCCACAUGCUGAUAUUCAGCGUGAAUUUCUCGAUCGAGUGCGCAUCAAUACUAUCAAGCAUUUUCAGGUAUUCUUUCCACUUCCGUUUGUGGAAUAUCACCCACGAAUUGUGAGCGCAAAUGAAGCACUGCAAUCAAAAAUGAAAGUUCCUAACGUCGAGAUAGCACAUGAAAUGGGUGAAACCGAUCGAAAAUUCCGAUCACCGAAAACGUUUGUGAAUGGUGCAAAUACAGAUAUAUUUAUGAGCAAGUUCCGUGAUGCUACUUUUAAACGAAACAUACGGCCACUUAUUGUUCAUAAGGAUCGAGGUCACUUUGACCCAUUGGAUUUUUCGGUCUUUUCUUUAUACGGUGCAGAUUUCAUACGAAUUCGUUCGCGUCUAAACAGUAAAUCAUUACUGUUGGAUUUGUCAUCACUGUUUAUCGGUCAUCAAGAUAUCCACAUGAUGCGAGCCGUUGAGCCAGCACUACGAUUACGGUACCACAAUCGAGUUUGUAAUCCAGAAUUUGUGGAUUCAGAUUAUGCUCGUUGCUUACUUAGUCGGCGUGAAGGACUUGCCUCUAAGGCACAGCUAGCUAAUUUAUUGCUCAGUCAGAAAACGAAGAAUGUGGUAGCUGCCUGA